UCUUGACUUUUGACCCCUGGCAGUGUGUUGGGUCACGAGGGCUGCGGUGUGGUGGUCAGGUCACACCGUGAGGGUGUGAGUGUAGGUGACCGUGUCACUUGGGGCAUCUGUGCCCCUUGUGGCACCUGCCUCCCCUGCUCUCUACACCUGAAUAACAAGUGCACCUCUGUCGUUAAGCUGGGCCAGACGCUAGUGUCUUCAGUGGCACUCUUUGGCACUUACUCCACUCAUCUUCUGUGUCUGCCAAACACUCCCAUCGUGGCCCUCCGCCCGACCUCACGCCCACCCUCGCUGCCCCUAUCAACUGCGCCCUGGCCACCAUGGUUAACGCCCUCUCCAAGUUGCCUCCUACGCCCACGCCCGGCCAGCCAGGAGCCUCGGUGGCUCUGGUCCAGGGAGCUGGUCUGAUGGGCGUGUACUGCCUGGCCCUCCUGAAGGAGAGAGGCUUCAGGAAGGUGUUCUGCGUGGACCUCAGCAGGACCAGAUUGGCCCGGGCUGCUGAAUUCGGCGCAGUAGCCCUGCACCCCGACAAUGAGGAGGAACUUAUUCAAACUGACAGCGUUGACGUCGUCUUUGAAGUGUGUGGCAACAAACAGGUGUUGAGUAGAGGUGUUAGGGCACUGAGGGCAGGAGGGACGUAUGUGCUGGCCGGCCUUGUACACUCAAACUCACACAUGAACAUUAGUGCCCAGGACCUCAUCGUCAAGUGUCUCACUGUUGUAGGAGUGCACAACUACAGCCAGCAGCACCUGCAGGAGGCAGUCAGGUUCCUGCUUCACCACCACCACAAGUAUCCCUUCCAUGCCCUCCUGGGACCUUCCUACUCUCUCUCAGACUUUAGGGGGAGAUGGAAUCGAGUCUCGGCCUCAAACGGCCACACAUAUUUCCACGACUCGCUGGGACCAUCAUACUUACUCCUAAAACUGUUUAUGGUCGUUGUUUCCAACACUUCUUUAUCCAUAAACUGUCUCUGCCCUGUCGAAUCCUCAGAGUAUCUUAUACGUCAUAACCAUGUCUCCUAUGGUUCUCCUCUCUUGUAGUUUUGUACAUGAACGCUGUUGAGGUGGCUCGCUCUGGUCAGUUCCUCCGAGUUGCAGUCAACCCGCAGCUAUAGUCUGUGUGAGAGAGUCCAAAACCUGGCACUCACAAGACCUAGCACUCACAAGACCUGGCACUCACAAGACCUGGCACUCACAAGAUUUGGUACUCACAAGACCUGGCACUCACAAGACCUGGCACUCACAAGAUCUGGUACUCACAAGACCUGGCACUCACAAGACCUGGCACUGCCAAGACCUGGCACUCUGGCACUGCCAAGACCUGGCACUCUGGCACUGCCAAGACCUAGCACUAACAAGACCUGAAGCUCCCACUUGUGGUGGACCCGGUGGACCGUUUUGCCGGUCCUGUCCUCCUGCAUCCAGAAGUCACUGUCCUUGCUAGACACGCGUCCAUAGUUCCAUGUGUUUGUUCUGUCUUUGUUCACCUAUAAUGUUCAUGUUGGGCUGAGAGCGCUGAUAUCAUCUCCAGGAUCUGUCAGCGCUAAGUGACGCUCUCAACAUAAAGGCUUCAACUCUA